CGCGCCGCCGCCACGCUCGGGCUCUGCAGCCUCCUGCUGCUGCUCGGGCCGGGGCUCGCGUGCCCCGCGGGCUGCACCUGCACCGACCCGCACACCGUGGACUGCAGCGACCGCGGGCUGCCCAGCGUGCCCGACCCCUUCCCCCUGGACGUGCGCAAGCUGCUGGUGGCCGGCAACCGCAUCCAACACAUCCCCGAGGACUUCUUCAUUUUCUACGGCGACCUGGUCUACCUGGACUUCAGGAACAACUCGCUGCGCUCGCUGGAGGAGGGCACGUUCAGCGGCUCGGCCAAGCUCGCCUUCCUCGACCUCAGCUACAACCACCUGACCCAGCUGGGCGCCGGCGCCUUCCGCUCCGCCGCGAGGCUGGUCAGGCUGAGCCUGGCCAACAACCACCUGGCGGGCGUGCACGAGGCCGCCUUCGAGACCCUGGAGUCGCUGCAGGUGCUGGAACUCAACGGCAACAACCUGCACAGCCUCAGCGUGGCCGCCCUGGCCGCGCUGCCCGCGCUGCGCGCUCUGCGCCUGGACGGGAACCCCUGGCUUUGCGACUGCGACUUCGCCCACCUCUUCUCUUGGAUCCAGGAGAACGCGUCCAAGCUGCCCAAAGGCCUUGACGAAAUCCAGUGCUCCCUGCCCAUGGAGAACAGGAGGGUGUUCCUGCACGAGCUGUCGGAGGCCAGCUUCAGCGAGUGCAGGUUCAGCCUCUCGCUCACAGACCUCUUCAUCAUCAUCUUCUCCGGCGUGGCCGUGUCCAUCGCUGCCAUCAUCUCCAGCUUCUUUCUGGCCACCGUGGUGCAGUGCUUCCAGAGGUGCACCCCCAACAAAGACCCCGAGGACGAAGACGAGGAUGAGGAUGACUGAGCCACCCCCCCCACCGUUCCUCGCUUUCCAGAACCCAAGCCAUGGGCUCCCCUCCAAGAAGAGAGGGACACGCUGAAAGGGGAAAAGAACCGACUGCCAUCAGUGCCCAGAGCACAGAGGAGUACCUGCUCCGUCCCUUGCCCCCUGGG